AUGACACCACACCAAAAGAUUAAGUCUUUUGAGGAUAGGAAGAAAACGCUAAAGAAGAAAGCAAGUGAGCUUGCAACGUUGUGCGGUGUCCCUGUUUGCCUGGUCUGUGUUAAUCCCGAUGGCACCACUGAAACGUGGCCAGAGGAAAAGGAGAGGGUUGUUAAGGUUCUGAUGGAUUACAAAGGCAACCAAAUUACAGUAAAGGAUGAGAGCAAGGUGGGGGAGAAAGGCAAGGAGAAGGUUGCCGACAAGGCACCAAGGGUUUUUGAAACUUGGGACUCAAGGUUUGAGUACUUACCCGAGGAAGCUUUGAUGGACGUUCUUGAAAUCUUGGAUAGGCAGCUGAAGGUUGUGGAUGAAGUAGUUGGGAAGGGACAGACAAGAAAGAAGAGAAAAGUUAUGCAGGAUAAAGUAAAGAGCAUAAUUGUGCAUGGUGCUGAUGGUGAUGGGUCUCGAGAAGUUGGCCUGGUCACUAGAAAUCUGCUUGGUUUGGUUAGCUUGAAUCAGACCAAUUCGAGCAACAGUGAUGUCGAGAUACCAGACUUGGAGUUACGUCUGUGA